UCGAAGAUAGAUUGGGUUUUACCGUGGGUAAAGAGUUUGUGAAUAAAGAUGACUUAAAAAUGAAGGUAAUGAAAGCUUCACAUGAUGCAUGCUUUGGAUACUACGUAUAUAAGUCAGAACCACAUUUAUGGGAAGCAAGAUGUUGAUUUCGAAGAAAAGGUUGUAUGUGGAAAGUGCGAGCAGUGGUUAAAAAGAAAUCUGAGAAUUUUAUGGUUACGAAGCAUGUGAAUAUUCAUACAUGUUCACCGGUGCUACAAUCAGAAGAAAAAGAAAGGAAAACAAAGGAAGGAAGUGUAGAGAUGGUUGUAGCGUAUCUGAAAAGGCAUUAUGCGGGUCAAGUUGAUCUUCCAAGAGUGAAAAGAAUAAUGUCUUUGGUAAGUAAAGCUUAUAAAUGCAAGAUGUCUUAUAUUAUGGCAUGGAGAGGGAGACAACAAACUCAAAAUGCUGUUUGGGGAAAUCCGGUGGAGAAUUAUAAUAGGCUUCCGAGUUAUUUUCAUAUAUUGAAGGAAAAAAAUGAAGGUACGAUAGCGGAUAUACAAUUGGAAGAUGACGGGAAAACUUUUAAGUAUGUUUUUUUUUGCUUUGGGUGUUUGUAUCAAAGGGUGGUGUGCAAUGCGGAAAGUGAUUGUCGUAGAUGCGACAUCUCUUAAAACAGCAUAUAAAGGAUUCUUGAUUGUCGCCACAGUCCAAGACGGUAACCGAAAUUUGUAUCCUCUAGCUUGGGGGAUAGUUGAUACAGAAAAUGAUGCUUCAUGGAAUUAGUUUAUGAAAAAAUUGGUAGAAGUGAUUCCUGAUAGUAAUGACAUGGUUAUGAUCUCCGAUCGACAUCAAAGCAUAUCAAAUGAUGUUCGUGAUGUGUACAAGAGAGCUAAACAUGCAUAUUGUGCAUAUCAUAUCUCCCAAAACAUCAAGACACUAGUGAACAAAGGAGUACGAGGUAAAAGGAACAAAAAUGGAGAUAGUGUUGCUGGGAUGUUCUAUAAAUGUGCUAAGAGUUACACAGAAAAAGAGUUCACAAUUCUGUGGGGUGAAUUCUGUGACAGGCUUUCGAAAGUUGUUGAAUAUUUGAAGAAGAGUGUCGAACCUGUUAAAUGGGCAAGAUGUUAUUUUCCGGGAGAAAGAUACAAUCUAUUGACAACUAAUGGUGCGGAGACAAUCAAUUCUGUAUUGAGGAAGGCGAGAAGGUUACCUUUGCUCGGUUUGAUUAACGUGAUUGUGGAUAAAACAGUGGAAUGGUGGUGAAAACGCAGGGCAUGCGCAUUUUCAAGUACACAACAACUAACACCAUAUGUGGAGAAUGAAUUGCAUAAGCGGUAUAGAACUUCUAAGGUAUUUACUAUUCGAAAGAUAAAUCGCAAUUGGAAAGAAUACGAAGUCACUGAUGAUAGUGGGAAAACAUAUUUCGUUGAUCUACAAAAGAAGUCUUGCGAUUGCAGAGCUGGGAUGUUGAUAAAUAUCCAUGUUCUCAUGCAAUAAAAGUUGUGCAUGAACAUGGUGAAAAAGACAAGUUAUUUGACUAUUGUUCACCAUACUAUACAAGGGCAAUAUGGGAAUGGACGUAUGUUGAUAGCAUAUAUCCAGUAUCUGAUAUUUCUCAUUAGAAUAUCCCUGAGCAUGUAGCAGAGAUGAAAGUGGAUCCUCCUAUUUUAAGACAACGAGGUGUUGGUCGACCGAUAACGAGUCAAAUCAAAAGUGCCGGAGAAAAACGGCGAAAGAAAAGAAGAUCAAGGAUGAAUCCAUGUGAUUCAGAGGAGUCGAAUGUGACACAGUCAAACAAAAGGAAGAAGACGGGAAAAGCAAUGGAGAUACA